CCUAAAAAUGGCGGGAAAACAAGGGUGCUUUCUUUAGGGUUCGGUCCACAACAGCCAUUUCCCCUCCUCUUCUUGAAGCAAUUGUAAUCGGUUGCAUUGCAAUUCUUCGUUACUAUUCAUCUUUAUCAUGGAGAUCGAUGAUUUGGACGACGAGGAGUUGGCAUUUCAAAGGAACUAUUUUCUGGCUAAGGAAUUGGGCGGCUCCAAAAAGAAAUCUUCUGGAAAACUCGCCGACAUCGACGUCGUCGACGAACAGGAAUUGAGGGCGGCUGCGGCGAAUAUUGAGCCUACGCAUGAGAAAGAGAUUGCGGCUCUGAUAUCCAGCUACAAGAGUUUGUACUCGAAAUGGGUAUUUGAGCUCAGAUGUGGUUUUGGCCUUCUAAUGUAUGGAUUUGGGUCUAAGAAGGCUUUGAUUGAAGAUUUUGCUUCGACAGCAUUGACGGAUUAUUCUGUAAUAGUUGUUAAUGGCUAUCUUCAAUCAGUGAAUAUUAAGCAGGUUAUAGUAGCCAUAGCUGAAGUAUUGUCGGAUCAGUUGAAAUCCCGACCCAAAAGUGCAUCAGGGAGCACACCUAAUGUUCAUCAGCCAUUUACAUCGCGAUCAAUGGACGAUCUGUUUACAUUUUUGAAUGGAUCAAAUGAGGAAGACAAGGAUUGUUUUGUUUGUGUUGUGAUACACAAUAUUGAUGGGCCUGGAUUAAGAGAUUCCGAAACGCAAGAGUAUCUUGCACGAGUUGCUGCUUGUUCCCAUGUUCGAAUUAUUGCCUCCGUUGACCACGUGAAUUCACCUCUUUUGUGGGACAAGAAGAUGGUUCACACACAAUUUAACUGGUUAUGGUAUCACGUUCCAACAUUUGCCCCUUACAAAAUUGAAGGAAUGUUCUUCCCUUUGAUUCUUGCACAUGGUGGUACUGCUCAAAGUGCCAAAACUGCUACAAUAGUUUUACAGAGUUUGACACCCAAUGCACAAAGUGUAUUUAAAGUUCUUAUAGAACAUCAGCUAUCUCAUCCUGAUGAAGAAGGUAUGCCAAUCAAUAAACUGUAUGCGAUUUGUCGGGAGCGCUUCCUAGUCAGCAGCCAGGUAACACUGAACUCUCAUCUGACCGAAUUUAAAGACCACGAGUUGGUGAAAAUCAGAAGGCAUUCUGAUGGUCAAGAUUGCUUGUAUAUACCUCUUCCAUCUGAAGCACUUGAAAAACUAUCAAUGGAGUUAAGUUAAAAUUUUCGCAUUCUUUCUGUAUACAUCAACAAAGUCUCUGAAUGUGUGUUUGUAUUGUUGAAAGUCUGUGAAUCUAUCU